AUGGCAUCGCGCGCCACCGAUAUCCAGGACGGCGCUCUCACCCAACUGGACAAACAGCGACUCCAUGAUCGUAUCUUCCAGACCGCCCUUCGGGGGCCGCGACUGCCUGCGAGCGACCAACAGAACUCCAUGCUGGACUCAAUCGCCAGCGCGAUGAACGUAGCUGGCUUGACGACAUCAACUCUAAACUACACAAUGUACCGCUGGGAUCCUCGCUGGUGGUCCCUAGAGGCAACCUUGGCCAACGGCACUCGUGUUGGCUUCAAGACCACGGGCUACUAUCCUUACUCUGGCAAUACUGGAGCUCGCGGAGUCACCGGCAAGGUCCACGACGCCGGAUCGUACGCAGUCGAUCCACACACACAAGAGGCAGUGUUUAGCUCACUGGAUCUCAAAGGACUAGAACCAGGCACCAUCGCCUUCUUUGACAAUCCCACCGUGACCAAAAACUACAGUGCUCCUGGCUAUGGCCUUUUUGGGACUUCGCGAAACAUCUCGGAAGACGAGAUACCCGAGGUGAGUGGUGGCACGAGAUGACCAGCUCC